AGGUCCCAAACGCAAUUACUGAGAUUUCAUUUACCCCCUCUCUUGACCUAAAUCGAUCCGUCUCUCUGCAGUCUGCACCUCAACCCUCGACAAUGGCGGCAAUCGGGAGAAGGAAUGGAUUAAAAAUGGCCACGCACCUCAUGAAAACCCUCACCGGAUCUUCGAGAAGCCUCAGCGGCAUCGUUAGUAGCGAAGUUGCCACCUCUCAUACCCAAAAAUGGAUGCAGGAUACGAGUAAAAAGUCUCCAAUGGAGUUGAUCAAUGAAGUUCCACCAAUCAAAGUAGAAGACAGGAUCGCUGUUUGUGAAGGAGAUAGUAACCCGGCACUGGGUCAUCCGGUCGAGUUCAUAUGCCUUGACAAGGACGAGCCAGUUGUGUGCAAGUAUUGUGGUCUGCGAUACGUGCAAGACCAUCAUCACUAGACGACGUGUCUCAUGUUGUGCUGUUUUAUGAUGGCCCUUCCUCCUGGUUGUUAUAAGCUGUAAUAUUCAGAUAAUAUGGUGUUUGGCAUGGUUAUUCUUUCUCCUUAAAAUAAGGAUUGCCCAUGUUUGGGGUAUUGGCAUUUGGCACCCUCUUUUACUCAGAAUGAUUUUACCAAAACGUUAUAUUCAUCUAACAUUUUCUGAUCA